AUCAGCAUUACUUAUCGGUCAACACUGGGCUUUGUUUCUGCAAAUGGCCCCAAAUCAGCUGCCUAUUUAGCUUUGCUCAACCUGUGGGUAUAUGCUAAUUGAGAGCCCGGUUGGGGCCAACGAGUGUGCGCAUUUUAACGACAAUGUUUUGUUUUUGGUGGUACUAGAAGAGGAGGAGCGGAGCGUGUUUGGGGCAGAGGGGCGGGGCUACAGUAGCAGUUAGUGUGUGUGUGUAUGUUUCGGGGGAAGGGGGGGCGUAAACGCCUGUCAGCCAGACAGAGCAUCUUCAGUCCAGCAGGACAGCUGGGGGUCUCCACUCCGCUUAAAGAGCCCCGCGAGUCCGAGGACGCCCACUUCUUUAAACCCACCGCUGUGCGUAAAGUCUGUGCGUAAAAACCUGCUGACGCAGACUAAGCUAAACGCUCUUUAAAAGAAACAGAUAUAUAUAUUGUUUAUGUCUUACUUCAGGUUCAUCUGGACGUCUUGACAUAGCAAGCGGGGACGCGAGAGGAUUAAAACACACGUUUUCUGCCAGAUUUUGCUCAUUUCUUUUCGGCGGUGCUUCCUCAACUGGUCGCCAACAUGAUGUCCUAUUUGAAGCAACCGCCGUACACGGUGAACGGACUGAGCUUAUCUACCUCAGGAGUGGACCUGCUGCACCCUUCAGUGGGAUAUCAAGGAGCUCCCCGCAAACAGAGGAGGGAGAGGACGACCUUCACUCGGGCCCAGCUCGAUGUGCUGGAGAAUCUGUUCGCCAAGACUCGGUACCCUGACAUCUUCAUGAGAGAGGAGGUGGCCUUAAAGAUCAACCUGCCCGAAUCCAGAGUCCAAGUGUGGUUCAAAAACAGACGAGCCAAGCAUCGCCAGCAGGCCCAGCAGACCCAGACUGGGGUGCAGAACAAGGCCGUGAGCAGGCCGGUGAAAAAGAAAGGCUCCCCGGUCAGAGAGGCCAGCUCAGAGAGCGGAGCCAGUGGGCAGUUCACGCCGCCCUCGAGCACCCCGAUCCCGGCCGUGAGCAGCAGCAGCAGCAGCGCGGCGCCCGUCUCCAUCUGGAGCCCUGCUUCCAUCUCGCCUCUGUCCGACCCGCUCUCUACCUCCUCCUCCUCCUGCAUGCAGCGCUCGUACCCCAUGACCUACACCCAGGCGACGGGCUACAACCAGGGAUACACGGGCUCCUCGUCCUACUUCACCGGCAUGGACUGCGGUUCCUACCUUUCGCCUAUGCACCACCAGCUAUCCGCCGCGGGCUCCGCCAUGAGCCCGAUGGGCAGCAACGGCGUAUCCAGCCACCUGAGCCCGGCGUCCUCCCUCUCCUCCUCGGCGUACGGAGCGGCGGGGCUCGGCUUCACCGGAGCUGCAGACUGCCUGGACUAUAAGGACCAAACAGCCUCCUCGUGGAAGCUCAAUUUCAACGCGGACUGUUUGGAUUACAAAGACCAAGCAGCGUGGAAAUUUCAAGUGUUGUGAGGGACGACAAAAAAAAAGAAAAAAAGAACAGUUUUCACAAACUGCAGACUAAACGGGCAAAUUGAAGUCCAGGGUUGGGAGCAGCAAGUGCGGCGGUGUUUUUUUUUUUUUUUUUUUUUCCACGAACACAGGCCCCCAACUUCUACCUCGGACAGAGCAGGACUGUCUCACUUGUUGGGUUAACUUAUUGAACAUUCAGACUGACUUCUCCCCAACUUUGAUCAAGGGCACGGAACAAAUUUGCUGACCAAAAGGAAGAAAGAAGAUCACGAGAGCGAAAGAUCCAAGCCUAACUUGGCUGAGUUUGAGGGAUAGGUCAGGUUUUCUCCUAAGCUCCUUAAAGACUCCUCUCUUGUCUUUUUUAAAAUUUCGUUGGCAGGCUGAAGGGCCCCUUUGAUCAAAGCGUCGUGCAUGAGUGUGUGUUAUAAAGUGUGCGUGUGAGAGAGAGAGAAAGAGAGAGAGAGAGAGAUCAGCUCUGACAUGAACCUGGAUGCACUAUUUAAUUUAUGAGAAAGACUAGUUAUGAGACAAUCAGUCCGUGUGCGUGUGAGCAUAAAUGUUCCUUAAGUGUUUUUGAAUUAUUAUUUCCUCCCUGUGUUAGUCUUAUUUUUUAAACUUGUGAUUCUUUGUACUACCUGUAUGCAGUUCUUGCAUUCAUUGUUUUCUUUUGCGCCACGAGCCCGUUGUGAAUUUAAUAGUUUGAUUUCAAUGUCUCGAGUGUUAAAAUGAUAAAUUAUUAUGAGGGGGUGUUAGUUGAACGAAAUAAGGGGGUAAAUCAUACAACAAGAAAGGUCCAUUUGAGCUGUAAAGGGCGACGAGGAAGCCACGAACACACUAAAUAACAAUAAAGACCACUUGACCUGA